AUGGCGAUAAAAAACCACUUGCGGCUGUUGUUCACAGCCGGGUCGCUGCUUGCGACGACGUUUGCCAGCCCCGUCAGUCGCUUUGAAGAUGACGACGAUGAUGACACCCCGCUGCCAGUGGUGAUCUGGCAUGGUCUCGGAGACGCCUACAACGCUGAUGGCAUGCGCCAGGUAGCCGACCUCGCCGAGUCAGUCAACCCCGGCACACUCGUCUACCCCAUUCGCAUCGAAGACGCCGGCAACCGCGACCGCUACGACUCCUUCGUCGGCAACGUCACCGAGCAACUAGCCAAAGUGUGCGCCGACAUCGCCGCCCAUCCCAUCCUCUCCACCGCCCCAGCCAUCGACGCCGUGGGCUUCUCCCAAGGCGGCCAGUUCCUCCGCGGCUACGUCGAGCGCUGUAACAAUCCCCCCGUCCGGAGUUUGAUCACCUUCGGCUCCCAGCACAACGGUAUCACCCGCUUUAGAGACUGCGAGACGAACGACUGGAUCUGCCGGUUCGCCAUGGCCGUCCUAGGGACCAAUCCCUGGUCCCCCACGGUCCAGGGCAAGCUGGUCCCCGCGCAGUAUUUCCGCGAUCCUGAACAAUACGAGAAGUACCUCGAGCAUUCCAACUUCCUUGCGGAUAUCAACAACGAGCGGUCGAUCAAGAACGAGACGUACAAGAAGAACAUUGCGAAGCUGGCGAACUUUGUCAUGUACAUGUUUGACGAGGACACGACGGUGGUGCCCAAGGAGACGUCGUGGUUUGAGGAUGUGAAUGGCACCGAGAUUACACCUUUGCGUGCGAGGAAGCUGUAUUCGGAGGAUUGGUUGGGAUUGAGGGAGCUGGAUCGCAAGGGCGGGCUGAAGUUCAGGACUGCGCCUGGGGAUCACAUGCAGUUGUCGGAUGAGUUGUUGACGGAGGCUUUUGGGGAUUUUUUUGGGCCUUUGAAUAGGCACAAGGGGAGGUCGGAUCCCCGUCCUGCUUCGCACAUUGGAGACGAAGAGUUUGACAUGGGCAGUGGCGGGAGGUCAGAGGGUCGUCCUGCUUCGAGGGGCGGAGAUGUUGAGUCUGAUAUGGGCAACGACUUGUAAGGGAUUGAACUAUUUUUUAGGAAGGGUGCGUCAGGAACACGGAACUCUGGGUAUGAAUCAUGGAUGGAUAAGGGUAAUUAUGGGGUACCUAGCUGGGAAGAGCACAGCGAUGAAGGGAGUCAUUUACUGUGUAUAGGGGCAGGGUUUAUAUUUUGUUCGCUUUGGGAAUAGGCGUCAGGAAUCAGUGGUUGGGAAACAAUCAGGCAAAGGUCCGAGUCUUUGGCACCUUUUGUUUUAGUUAUUGAGUAGGCAUGGGAGUACCCCGAAUACAUAUUUUAUGCGCAUACUGUGGUAUGACGGGGUGGAAAGUGUAUUUGGAAUUAAGUUUGCUGUGUCUGCUGUGGGAUGAACGGGUGUAACGGUCACAAACAUGCUGUGGGUUGCGUCAUGGAGAGACAUCAUGGGCCUAAUUUCUGAAGAUUGCGAAGGUGGGUAAGAGGCGGCAUGACCAUGGCCGAGUGUCACGACAUGCGAGCAUUCCUUACAGCAUGCAGCUCUCUGGUUGUUGCAAGUGUUGGAUUCCGAAUAUUGACCAGCUGGUUAAUGACGCAUGGUUAUACAUAUACACGGUGUCUCAUGCUUUGCUCCGG